UGAUCUUGAAGUUGAUGCUCGUGCUAAGUUGAAGAUGAAAGAGCGCAGUAGGAAGUAUGCUAAGAGCAGGCGUUUAGCUAAUGAUGUAGAGGAUGAAGGAAAUGAUGAUGAAGAGGAUGACGAGGAAGAUGGAGAAGCCGAUGUCCGUAGAGUGGGGAAGAAGCAUCCGAAGCAUGUAGGCCAAAAUGUUAGGCGGUAUCCAGAAGAUGAACAACAUGGGUUGAGGAAGAAACAUUUGAAGGUGAUUAGGAAGAGGCGUCGUGGGGAUACUGAUGACGAGGAAGAACAGGGGAAGCCUGUGAAGAAGAAGUUGUUGCUGAAGAAAAAGGUUGGUAAGAUUGUUGAUAAAGAGCGUAGAAAAGGAAAGUCUCCUCUUAAAGAUAAGGGAAUGACUAAGAGAGGCAAGAAUAGGAGAGUGUUUCUGCGGGUUCCAAUCCCCCAACAUCCAAUAUCUAGGGGUGAAUAUGCCAAGUGUCAUGAUGUUGUAGUUGCUACCCAAAGGGCUAAUUGCGAUCGCAAGCAACCGAGUGUUAUAUGCCGCACUGAUGCUUUCUCAAAGAUCAUUGCUGGAUUUGAUGACUCUAGAAGAGCCUGUGUGCAAAAAAUGGGGUUUGGAGGAUUGUUGGAGUUGAAAAUAUCCAAGCUUCCGAGGCAGCUUUGUUAUUGGCUGAUGACCAUAUUGGACGGAGUCAACAGUUAUCUGGUAGGUGGUGACGGGCAUGUGUUGCCGAUCACACCUGGCCAUUGGGAAGAUGUGUUUGGUUUGAGGAACAGCGGGCUUCCCGUCCCUGAAAAGGAUUCUGAUUUGCCGGCUGGAAAAGCUCUAGCGUAUGCAGUGAAGUAUGGUGAGAAAAACCCUGCAAACAACAAGACCACAGUACUGAUAUCCAACGCAACUCGCGUGUUGUUAGGUCCCUUGGACAAGCUCGGCAACUUAGUGCCGCUCGCAAAUCAACGUCAAAGGACUGAGUUCAUGGAGAACUUCAUGAUUGUGCUAAUGGGACAGAUUCUUUGUCCUUCUACUGAUGGUGCAAACAUGUCGACGAAACUGCUAGGUGCUGUAUGUGUUGCAAAGGACGCAGAUCAGUAUAACUGGUGUGAGUUUUGUCACAAAUGGCUGCUAGACUACGCGAUCACAUGCCAGCGGAAGCUAGAAGUUCAGGGUUAUGCGGCUGGGACUGGUGGUUGUGUUUUGUUUUUGUUGGUUUUUUAUCUAGAUCGUUUAUGUCGGCUUCCUGUCCGUUGGGACGAGUUCCCCAGACUAAAAGUCUGGACUGAGGAGGAAGUGGAGAAGGUGAAACUUCAUGAUAGGAAGCCUACUGAAGACUAUGGGAGGUUAUCGACGGUUGAUGUUGUUUACCGGGAGCCCCAUCCUCUAUUUGGAGAAAGAAGGCCAUUGGCAGAAGAGGUUGCUGAUCUGGUUAUGGAAAGGAUGGCCCCCUUACUGCAAGACCUCCGUGCCGUGAUACGAGAACAAGUAAUCAUACGCAGGCUGGGGGCAAAGGAAAGUGUUGCUGAAAAAGAUCCCUCCCCUGGUGUUGCUGAAAAAGAUCCCUCCCCUGGUGUUGCUGAAAAAGAUCCCUCCCCUGCUAGCAGUUCCCAUCGCCAAAUCAGCGAUAAUGCUUAUAUUAACGUGGAUGGUGAGCCAAUGGCGGUGGAUAAGUCGGUCAACAAGGUCCUGAGUGAGUUAGAUGUCAUUGUACUGGAGGAGGAUGAAACAGACAAUGUGCAACACACAGUGGAACAACCAUUGGGAGGUGAAGAAAAUGUGUUUGUGAAUUACCAGUCCUUGCCUGUGGAGCAGCCCGUGUUUGAGUUUCUGCAUGUUCCAGCAGUGGUGGCCGUGCAGAAUGAGCCUAUGGAGGAGGCAGAGCAAGUGCAGCAGGCCCCCCCACAACAAGUGGUUGAGCUAGUGCAGUACUUGGAGGCCAUGCAGAAUGAGCCUAUGGAGGCACUGCCGCAACACGAGCCACAACAAGAGCCACGUCAUGAGCCUGUCCAGCAAGGUCAUACCGAGGGAGACCAAGGCGGACCACAAGAAGAAGGGCCAGUGGUGCCUGUUGUGCAGCAAGAGGCAGACCCCCAGGGCCCAGUAGAAGAGCCACCACAACAUGAUUUUGUGGAGCCACAAAAUGAUGUUUUGGAGGACCCCGAAAACGAAGAUGAAGAAGAUGAAGAGGAAGGUGAUGAAGAAGAUGGCGAGGAAGGUGAUGAAGAAGAUGGCGAGGAAGGUGACGAAGAUGAAGAAGAUGUUGGUAAUACCGCGGAUCAAGAUAAACCUGGUGAUGAUGAUGAUGAGAACCAAGGAGCAAAUGGUGGUACAACGGGUCCGGUUGCGGGUGAAGCUGAAGGUGCAGAUAAUGCAGAGGGUCCGGGUGCCGAUGGGACCGAGAAUACAAGGGGUGGGGGUGAAGGUUUGGACCAUGGUGCUGUUCAUGGUUCCAAUCCUGAAGAUUUUGAUGGUGCUGAACCAGGUGGUGAUGGUCAGGUGAGAACAAGAAUAAAGGCAGCAAGGCCUAAACCUAGUCCCAAACCCCGCACUGCGACAAAGAGAUCCCGUAAGCCUAGUGAGAAGGCAAUAGCAAUGAGAACAGCUCGUCAACGACUAGGUAUUAGAAUGACGAAGGCAGACAGUUCUAUUUUAAAGUACGUAGAGGCUUACGACACCAAAAAGAAAGCAGGAGGGGCUAUGUUGAUUGAAUGUGAUGGGAACGACGCAAACCAGCAGAUGUGUUACUCGGUUGUUCACCCCAGGUCCUAUGUGAAUUCCCAGUAUGUUCGUACAAUUGCAUAUCUCUACAACCGGGAGUGGGCUAGUGAAUUUCCAAAGAGUUGUCGCAGACUUAUGCUUGACUCUAUGUUUGCACAUCAAAAGCUAAAGACGAAAGAAACAUAUGCUGGGUUGUUCAAGAAGUGGUCGCAACCACUUAGGAAGGUGGUCUCCUCGGAUAUUUCUGUGAUACCUGCCGUUGACUACGUCUUACUGGAGACUGACAAGGAGUUUAACGCAUCCCCGGCAUGGCAGACUAAGCAAAUGGGGAAAUGGCCCCUGGAUGUUGUUGGUUUUCGUGAUUAUAAUGACAAUCAUGCAUGCGGGGUUGUGAUGCUUAUGGCGAUCCGGGAGACUGCUAAUGCUUUCAAAAAGUCAAUGCAUGUGGGGGAGAUAGGCGCUGCCCGGAAGGCUCUGUUCUUGUCCCAUUUGAAUUCAGACUACAACUCUUGCCGUCCAUUGAUACCGGAGAUAAUUGCUACCCAUUGCCGUUGAUUUAUAAUAGUCUAGUGUCAUGAACUUAUGUUUAUUUUAGUUCGAGUGUUUAAUCAUCAACUUUGUUUAUCGGUUGCGUAUGAACUAUACCGUGCUUUUGUUGUUUGGUGACCAAUACUUCCCUUACACUAUGCAUUUUGGUUAAAGGGGAUGGAAUACUUUGUAGUUUUGGCACCAAUAUAUGUGUGUAAUAUUUUAACGACAUUGUUCUAUAUUGCAAUGUCGUCAAGUUCUACAAGUUGAUCCCUUUAAAUGUUGGUUUAGUCAAAUUUCUUAUGAUUUGUUACCCCCAACACU